AGUAGCAUCACUUCACCUAGGCUGUAGACAUGCAAAGCCAAAGCUGCUACUCGUCAUCGACGACCGUUGGUUUCAGUUGCUUCGGUUCCACACGGCCGCCCGGCAGCAAGGAUGCCAUCCGCAAUGGUGGACGCCACCGUCGCCACGCCUCCGCUCGACACGACCUGCGGCCGCCACCGCCCCGCCACGCUCUCCAACUCCAAUGCUGCCCGUGUCACCGCCGCGCUCUCCAAUGCCAACGCCAAUGCCGGCGUCGGCGCCGUCGCCGCGGUGCCCAAGUCCAAGUCCAAGUCCAAGUCCAAGAUCGUCGCCUCCCGCUACCUCAGCCCCUCCUCCAAACCCACCUCCACCUUCUCCUCCGCGGAGUCCCCUGCACCGAGGACGCCAGCCUCCACCGAGCGGCCGCGUCCGGCGCAGACCAACGCCGUCUCCACAGAUGCCGCGGCGUCCUGCGGGAGCGCCACCACGACGACGCGGACGCUUGCGGUCGCGUUCCAGAGCCCGACCUACUCCUUGGAGACCAGCAGCGCGAGGUCGUCCACGUCGCCCGCCGCGGUGCCGGCGGCCACGCCGGAGAAGAAGAGGUCCGGUACCUCAGGCACGGAUGCGCGGGCCAAGGUGUCCGACGCGAGCCAGAACACGUACCGGUGGCCCGCGUCGGCGAUCGCGCCGCCGUGCGGGCAUGGCGGCCGCAGCGCGCUCGCCAAGAGCGCGGAGCACUCUGCUUCGAACAGGAAGGCGAGCGCCGCCGCCGCCGUCUUCAGCGCCGCGCGGUCGGCAGCGUUCCACGGGACGCCGCGGCGCGCGUCGGUGGACGGCGUGAACGAGUACCUGCUGGCUCUGACCUCCGACGACACGGAAACCUCGUCGUCGUCCGGCGGGUCCGGGAACGGCGGCGGCGCGCCCAGACGCAGCGUCUGCUCUGGGCCGCGCCCGUCGCCGAGGAGCGUCAUCAUGAGCUCCUCCGCGCGGUUCGCGCGGGACGCCAUGGGGACGCGCUCCGAACGCUUCGCCUACCCGGCCACACCGUCGCCGUCACGCACCUCUGCAGCAUCUCCAUCGCCGGCGCCGGUGAAGAAGAAGAAGAAGUCAUUGUUCAACGGGUUGCUGUCUUCGCCGUUCAGCAGGCCGUCGCCGAGCAAGCCGGUGGCGAGUUCGUUCGGGAGGACGGCGAGUCAAUCCCCGGCCCGGCGGUCCGCCGAGGCGCCUGGCUCUGCCGCGAACAUGCAGGGCAGGGCUUCUUCUGCCGGUCGCGGCUUCGAUGGUGACACGAAGUUGAAGCCACCUCCGGCGGUUAAGUCCGAGGAGGAGCACCAACUGAGGCUACUCUACACCCAGCAUUUGCAAUGGCGGCUCGUGAAUGCGCAGGCUGGAACUACGCUUUCUUUGCAGAGCACGGCUGCAGAGAAAACCUUAAGUGGUGCAUGGAUUGCCAUCCUGAGGAUGCGCAAAUCGGUCGCCAUUAGAAAGAUGCAGCUACAGUUGCUUCGGACCAACUGCAAACUCAUGGCAGUUCUAAGAGGGCAGAUGAAAUACCUGGAAGAAUGGUCGUUUUUGGAGAGGGAUCAUGCUCAUUGUUUAUCUGGAACAACACAGGCCCUGAAUGCUACCAUCCUUCGCCUUCCUGUCUCCAAUGGAGCAAUGGCAGAUAUUCAAGGGAUAAAAAAAGCUCUUAGCGCUGCAAUUGAUGUCAUGCAUCCUAUAGGAAACUCAACAAGUGCUCAACUGCCUAAGUUAGCCCGGACGAAUGUGUUGGCGUCCCAGCUCUCCAGAGUAUUCAUUCAAGAACACAUUCUAAUAGCGCAGUGCAGAGACUUGCUGUCCACACUAGCAUCAAUGCACGUGAAGUACAGCAGCCUACAAGGGCAAAGGAUACAGAUAAACCAAAGGAGUCAGCAUUUUCAGUAGCCUUCAUGCAACAUUUCCCAGUCUCCAACUCCAGAAUGCAACUGUGCCUGAAGAUGAAGGGGACGCUGGCACAUUUACAGCCUUAUUAUCAGUAGUAGCACGAAUCCUAACAAGGCGUAGACUUGUCUCACUGACAAGCCUUUUCUUUCUGAAUUCUAAUACUCAAUGACAUGGUAGCUGAUAGAAGAUUCAGAUGGCA